AUGGCUAGAGUUGCCUUUCCACUUUUGUGGGCAUUCGGGGCCCUUGUAUUUGGGUUUGCUGCUGUCUCCUUCGGGCCACUCCAACAUGCUUUCACACAGGUGAUUGCCAAGUUUGCAGUCAACCUCCCCUACGGACACACCUCACAUCCCAUCGUCCUGGAUCAUAGCCGGGAUGUACGAUACGUAGGCAGCCUUUCCAGCUAUGGUGUCGAGCAUUUCCAGAACAUUUUCUAUGCUGAAGACCCCUCGGGUCCUAGGCGGUUCUCGGCCCCUGUCCCGACGAAGCCGGACAGAGGCUCCGUAAUCGACGCCACGCAACCCGGUGCCUGGUGCCCGCAAGCAACAGGCGAUGUGCUCCCGUUCACAAGCCGUGUCACGAAUGUCAGUGAGAAUUGCCUGAGUCUCCGCGUUGCACGACCGCAGGGCACACAAGCAUCUGCGAAACUGCCAGUCAUGGUGUGGCUACAUGGAGGGGGUCACGCACUUGGCUCGGCAUCAGAGGUGCUUUACCAGCCGGACGGCCUCGUAUCACAAGCUGCUGUCGACGGCCGGCCGUUGAUUUUUGUGGCCAUCAAUUACCGUUUGGGAUUCUUCGGUUUUGCAACAAGCGAAGAAAUGAUCCGGACGAAACAAACAAAUGCAGGUCUGCGAGAUCAACGAGCUGCAUUCGGAUUGACCGCAAUUGGCCAGAGUGUAGGCGCCAGCGACAUUGGUCUUCAACUGACCGCAUUUGGGGGAGAGGAUGGCGCACCAUUUCAACAAGCAAUUUUAAUGUCCGGCGCCCCUGGCCUCAACUUCAACACGAGGUCAGACCUAGUGGCGAACAAUACGGCAGCUAUUGCAAAGGGAGUGGGCUGUCUCCCUAGUAACGUGUCCCAUUCCGAGACGACGCUGCAGUGUCUACGAGAAGCACCAGCUGACCUUUUGACUAACCUGUCCGUCACGGCGUCUCGUGCCGCACGUCCGCCAUUCGGUGAGGGGUUCUUCUAUCCAACGUUCGACGAUGACUUCUUGCCUGAUCGACCUUCCCAGCUGGUUCGCUCUGGAAGGAUUGUCAAAGGCAUACCCGUCAUCGCUGCCUGGGUGUCUAACGACGGCGCGUGGUACGCGUCUCCGACAACAUCAACCGACGAAGACGUGUUAGCCAGCUUUGGGCUUUGGUUGACAGGCCUGUCCGAGAAGACAAAAAGACAGCUCCUGGAGCUUUAUCCGCUCAGCGACUUCCAGCACAUGGUACGCCCAGACUACGACGGACCGAUAUCGCCACAGUACUAUCGCGCCGCUCAGCUUAAUCGGGAUCUUUGGUUCACUUGUCCCGUUCUGGACUUCGCCUGGCAUUACUCUAGACACAACAAUGGCAACGUGCGCUUAUACGAACACAAUUCUACCCGAUACACGCCGGUAUUUGAAAGUAUGCAUGUUCCAAUGUGGCGUGUAGCGCACUUGAGCGAUAUACCGUACGUGCUGAAUGUCCAACAACUGGGUGGAGGCGCCGACAAUUCUCCUGCACAGCUUGCGCUAGCCAAGACUAUCAGUACCAGAAUUAUUGAAGUUGUCACCUCGGGUGCGGAAGAAACGAAUUGGCCUAGAGUAUUCCCUAGUGUUACGGAGGAUGAAUUCAAGAACGAGGCCCCAAAUCACUUGUCGUUACAACUUUUUGGUGGCCCGUAUGGUAAUACUCAUGUCGCAAUUGACCGAGAAGGCGAUGCGGCCUCUGCAAUGGACGCAGACGGAGCCGUCAGAUGGGAGAAGCUGUUUGAGAGAUGUGAUUUAAUCAACAGUGCGAAAGUGAGAGAGGAGAUUGGGGUGUGA